AUGAGUAAAGAAGAUCGUGAUGUGCUUGAUAAAUGCUAUCAACGUUAUUUAAACACAGAAUAUCAUCCAGAAGCAUUACAUCUUUUUGCUAGAAAUGCUCAGGUUGAUAUACAUAACGACGAGAAGAUUAAUAAAAUUUGUACCAAUAUUCGAACAUUUUAUGAAGUUGAUAAUAAUAAUAAAGAAAUAAAAUCGAAUGAAAAUAAAUCUACAAGAAAAAUGAAUAAAGUACUAAAACUUGCUAAAAAUGCAAGAGUAAUGAUAAUAAAAAAUAUUUGUAUCAAUGAUGGACUGGCAAAUGGUGUCACUGGUCGUAUUGUAGAUUUUAUAGAAAAUAGUAAUUCACAAGUUUCUCAUAUAAAAAUCAAAUGUGAUUCAAGUAAAGUUGGACGUCUACAUCGAAUCAGUUGUCCAUUUUGUCAUGAACAAGAUACAAUCUGUGUAACACGAGAAAGUGACACUAUGGAUCAACAAGAUAUUGAUUGUCGAUCAAAAAAAGGAAUAAAACAAUUUCCUUUACGUCUUAGCUGGGCUAUGACUAUACAUAAAGCUCAAGGUAUUACAGUUGAUCAACUUGUGAUUAGUACAAAAGAUUUUUUUGGUAGUGGAAUGGGUUAUACAGCAUUGUCUCGUGUUCGAACUCUUGAAGGUUUAUUUCUUAUCGAUUUACACUUCGAUAAAUUUUAUUCUAACGAGAAUAUUGAUCGAGUUCUUUCUCAAAUGAAAGAAAUGAAACGAAAAAAAUCAAUAUUUCAAAAAUCUUCGAGUUACUUAAACAUACGAUAUCAUAAUAUUGAAGGAUUGAAAUGUAAUUUUAAUGCUUUUAAAAAUCAUCAUUUAACUCAGAAUGCAGAUUUAAUUUGCCUGACAGAGACUUGGUUAAAUAAUAAAAAUCAAAACAAUAAUUUGGAAAUGAAUGGAUAUCACUUGAUAAAUAAACCAAGAUCUUCUUCAUUUUCUAAAAGUCAUUUACUUCAUUGCCAAAAACGUGGUGGAAUUCCAAUAUAUUAUCGAGAUAAUAUUUCUAUUCAAGAAAUUAAUUCAUGUGAACAUGUAAAUCUCGAACAUAUAACAUUCGAACUUUUGAAAGAAAAAAUUAUUGUAAUAACUUGUUAUCGAUCACCACAACAAAGUAAAACUGAAUUUUUAACAAAUCUAACUAAACAUCUAAAACAAAUUGGUUUAGAAAAACAUAUGUUUCUGAUUGGUGAUUUCAAUGAAAAUAGUCUAAGCGAUAAAUCAAAGCCUAUUGAAAAAAAAUUAAAUAAUUUAGGUUUCAUAAACAUCUAUAAAAAUUUACCGACUACUAAUAGUUUAACUAGUCUUGAUUGUAUAUACUGUAAUUUUACAUUAAAUCAGGAUCAUCAUAAAGAAAUAGGACCAACAUAUUAUAGUUUUCAUGAUACAUUGAUGUUCUCUAUUAAUAAAGAAUGUCAAACAAAUGAUUCUAAUAAAGAAAUUGUAUAUAAUCAUCAACAAAAUAUGGAAUUAGAUAGUACACUUCCAACACUUUUACCAAUUGCAAACAUACCUAAAACAACAUAUAAACGAAAAAAUAAUUCAAAAGAUAAUACUUCAAAAAAUAAAAACGAUUUUUCACAAUUUAUUGAUAAUACCUAUGUAACAAUAGAUAAUUAUAUUAAACAAAUGAGCAAAUAUGGAACUUAUGCUGAUCAUAUAGUCAUUACAGCUACUGCAGUUAUUAUUAAUAAAAACAUAAUUAUUCCCGAAUUAGAUAAAAAACGUAUACUAGUUCCAGGAUCAGAUAUUAUUGAUGAACAAUUACAUGUAUGUUAUGAUCCUGACAUAUUACAUUAUGAUAGUGUUCUUUGUAUUAACAGUAACUCAGCAUAUCUUUCUUAUCAAGACCUUUUAAUUACAUCAUAA